AUGACUUUAAACCAAAAAAUAAUUUUGAACGACCUUCAAUGCAUUAUCCAAGGCAUUCAUGAAGAAAACCAGGAGAAAUCUUUGGACAAUAAUUUUUGUUAUCGUCUUAAAGAUAGAAAUAAUGAAGAAAAUAUAUUAGAGUUAAAAGAUCUACUGGAUAACUGGGAAAACCAAUGCGAAAAACAAUUUGCAAUGACUUCAAACCAAAAAAGAAUUUUGGACAACCUUCAAGGCAUUCAUGUAGAAAACCAGGCGAAAUCUUUGUACAAUAAUUUUUGUUAUCCUCUUAAAGAUAGAAAUAAUGAAGAAAAUAUAUCAGAGUUAAAAAAACUACUAGAUGACUGGGAAAACCAAUGCGAAAAACAAUUUGCACCAUUGGAAAUUAUAAAUAUUAAUGAAGAUGAUUUGGAGGUUAAUGGAAAAACGAAAAAUGUCAUGGAAGAGAAAUCUUUGGACAAUAAUUUUUGUUAUCGUCUUAAAGAUAGAAAUGAUGAAGAAAAUAUAUCAGAGUUAAAAGAUUUACUGGAUAACUGGGAAAACCAAUGCGAAAAACAAUUUGCAAUGACUUCAAACCAAAAAAGAAUUUUGAUUGACCUUCAAUGCAUUAUCCAAGGCAUUCAUGAAGGAAACCAGGAGAAAUCUUUAGACAAUAAUUUUUGUUAUCGUCUUAAAGAUCGAACUAAUGAAGAAAAUAUAUCAGAGUUAAAAGAUCUACUAGAUGACUGGGAAAACCAAUGCGAAAAACAAUUUGCACCAUUGGAAAUUAUAAAUAUUAAUGAAGAUGAUUCGGACGUUAAUGAAAAAACGAAAAAUUUGGAAUGUUGUACCAGAAUGACUUUAAACCAAAAAAUAAUUUUGAACGACCUUCAAUGCAUUAUCCAAGGCAUUCAUGAAGAAAACCAGGAGAAAUCUUUGGACAAUAAUUUUUGUUAUCGUCUUAAAGAUAGAAAUGAUGAAGAAAAUAUAUCAGAGUUAAAAGAUCUACUGGAUAACUGGGAAAACCAAUGCGAAAAACAAUUUGCAAUGACUUCAAACCAAAAAAGAAUUUUAGACAACCUUCAAGGCAUUCAUGUAGAAAACCAGGAGAAAUCUUUGGACAAUAAUUUUUGUUAUCCUCUUAAAGAUAGAAAUAAUGAAGAAAAUAUAUCAGAGUUAAAAAAACUACUAGAUGACUGGGAAAACCAAUGCGAAAAACAAUUUGCACCAUUGGAAAUUAUAAAUAUUAAUGAAGAUGAUUUGGAGGUUAAUGGAAAAACGAAAAAUGUCAUGGAAGAGAAAUCUUUGGACAAUAAUUUUUGUUAUCGUCUUAAAGAUAGAAAUGAAGAAGAAAAUAUAUCAGAGUUAAAAGAUCUACUGGAUAACUGGGAAAACCAAUGCGAAAAACAAUUUGCAAUGACUUCAAACCAAAAAAGAAUUUUGAUCGACCUUCAAUGCAUUAUCCAAGGCAUUCAUGAAGAAAACCAGGAGAAAUCUUUAGACAAUAAUUUUUGUUAUCGUCUUAAAGAUCGAACUAAUGAAGAAAAUAUAUCAGAGUUAAAAGAUCUACUAGAUGACUGGGAAAACCAAUGCGAAAAACAAUUUGCACCAUUGGAAAUUAUAAAUAUUAAUAAAGAUGAUUCGGACGUUAAUGAAAAAACGAAAAAUGUCAUGGAAUUUGAGUAUUUUGCAAUAAAUUUCCCAGAAAUGUGA